AUGGACGGGCCACAGCGGUUAUCCCCAAACACCCAGAAGCAGGGCCGCCGGCGUCGCUCGAGCAGUCUCAUCUACCAGGAACCCGCCGAAUCUAUCGAGCACACAAGCGACCAGGCUGCUCUGCCCAACCUCAAUGCGAAUUGGGUCAAUGCCAAGGGUGCCUGGACCAUUCACUUUGUCUGCAUCGCGGCCCUCAAGAUCUUCUACGACAUCAUUCCCGGCGUCUCACAGGAGACCUCGUGGACCCUCACCAACAUCAGCUACAUGUUCGGCUCCUUCCUCAUGUUUCAUUGGGUGCGGGGCAUCCCUUUCGAGUUCAAUGCCGGUGCCUACGACAACCUCAACAUGUGGGAGCAGAUCGAUAACGGCGACCACACUCACUAUACCCACUACGAUGUGACCUACUUCAUCAUCAACUUCCUUGCCACUCUGGCAGUGGUCAUUCCCAAACUGCCCUUUUCGCAUCGGUUGCGAAUAGGCCUAUUCUCCGACAUACCAGAGGAAUCAUAG